AUGGCUGCAGCCCCUUAUGUCCCUGCCGAUGCCAGACCACCUCUGGUGCCGACAGGGCCAAGCACCCACGGCGCAAGGGGAGGCGAGAGCGAUGCAUCGCUGCGGAUGCCGGCGGUGAUUCCCCGCACGGCGUGGCGCCAGAGCGAGCUGCGACAACGCAGCCGUGUGCGCCAUCCAUGCGAUGGGCAAAGGGCCAGCCGGACUCGCACCCACCUCACCAGGUCCUCCCACCGCGCUGCUGGUGGUGGGGAGCCUGGGCCACCCCCCGACGGCGACACUGCGUGGCGACCGGCACGAUGGGAGCGGCUGUGGGGCGACCUGCGAGGUGGGGAUGGUGGGUGGAGGCUGAGUCCGAGGCGAUGCUCCGAUGAAUGA